AUGAUAGAAGCAGAACGAAUCACGACGGCUAUUCGAACAUUUCAAGGUCAUGAAGAAACUCUCUUUGCAGUUGCAGUCUUCCCCGAUAGAUGCCGUAUGGUGACGGCCUCAGGCGACAAGACGCUUCGUCUGUGGGACUUAGAAAACGGCGUUGUAUUGAAGAUAAUAGAGGGGCAUCGCUUCGCCGUACGAAGAGUUGCAGUAUCAAGAGACGGGAAAUUCAUAGCAAGCGGUGAUGAUGGUGGAGAGCUCAUCACCUGGAACAGAGACGGGGAACCUCUCAUUCAACCCACCAAAGUCCACUCCAGACCGAUAUGGUGGCUCGAUUUUUCCCCAGACAGCACGUUUUUGGCGAGUAGCUCAUGGGACGCCACAGUAGAGUUCUCGAACACAAAAACAUGGCGGGUGCAAGGAGAUCCAAUCAGUUGUGUUGCUGGAGUGUUCUGCAUCCGGUACUCGCCGUCUGGUAAAUAUCUUGCCAUCGCAACAUUCAAGCAUAUCCAAAUAUGGAAUCCAGGCAAGAGGGAAUGCAUUACAAAGUUUGAGGGUCAGUCUGCGUUCAAUGGAGCGGGAAAUGCUACACUUGCAUGGACGCCCGAUGGCAAACAGCUUAUCUCCAGUGGUAACGAACGUGAUCCCACCAUACGGAUCUGGGAUUCGUCAACCUGGAAGCAGGUCGGUGAGCCCUGCAAGGGUCAUGCUGGGAAUGUCUACAUGAUUGCUUUGAACUCUGCUGGCACCCUUCUCGCGUCCGCAUCUGAUGACCACCAGCACACCAAUGAGGUGUUUUGUGUCACCUUCUCCGCGGAUGACAAGCACAUCCUGAGUGGAGGAAGAGAUAAAAUGAUGUCAAAGUGGGCAGUACCUUUGCUGGAGGACAGUCUGGGGGACCAAGCACCAGAUGAUGCGUUACGGGAAGAUGCCCCGAAAGAACAAGUGGCAGAUAGUAUUAGUAAUAUCCUCACCGUCAACGCGACAACCCGCGAUGCAUGCAUAAGCGGGGACUUGCUCACUGCAGACCGGCUGUUAACACGAGAUAUCGGGGCUGCUGGCAACGACUACAACUCUUAUGCGAGUCGCUCGUUUGUCAAGGUAAGAAAUUCAGACUGGGACCGCGCACUUGACGACGCGCUCAAAAGCAUCAGUAUUCAGCCAUCCUUGAUGGGCUGUAUCUCCAAGGGCAUCGCCCUCUGUGGAAAACAACAGUUCCAAGAUGCGAUGAAAGCAUUUGACCUCGCGUUCAUGUAUGUGGACGCAGACUUGAACAAAACUCGCCUUUUACUCUUGAUCAAGGCCAUCGCCCUUUUCAAUGCAAAUCAACGUGACGAGGCAAUUCUGCGCGUCCAAGAGCUAGCUACCACUCGUCCUAGUGUGAAUUCUCUUGCGUGUGGUAUCGUGGAAGCUUAUCUACACGUCCAGGUGGGAAUGAAUGCAUUAGACGACGCACGUCACAACGAAGCUGCUGGCCAUUUCACUGCUGCUGUCAAUACUAUUGGAUUCUCGUCCACGUCGGCCAUCCAUUCGAAAUAUGACAUCUUUGUGGUGCUAUUCGGUUGGGACCUCAAGUCGUUGUGGCUUACUGCACACCAGCAUUGGUGCCGUUCGCUCUUUCUGGCAGGUAGAUUUGUAGAGGCCCUCAGAUCUUACAGACACAUGAUAAAUGCAAGCGAUGAACUUACGAAGGCAAGCUGCCUUGCCUGGUCCGCUGCUUUCAAGCAAGAUUACAGCGCGCUUCAUGCUGCCACCGGAGUUGCUGACCUUGCUACAAAGGGAGAUGAUGCCCUCGCUGCGGGUAAUUAUGACAGGGCUAUCGAGUUAUACUCCGUGGCAAUCGAUCUCGAUUUGGCCACCGAUGGCAUCUUUGCGAACCGCAGCAAGGCGAGGUCGCAAAAAAUGCUAUGGGACGAUGCGCUUCUGGAUGCACAAACAGUCAUCAAACUGACCCCUUUAUCUCAUAUUGGAUACGAGUUGGGGUAUACAGCGCUUCAUGGCGCACAUCGUUAUGAUGAAGCGAUCGACACAUUCCAAACCAUGCUCUUCAAGUUAGAAAACGCUCCUGACACGCAAAUACAAAAGCUGCGCCAACAAUAUGUCCAUCCAUCCGAAGCAGAUGGAGCUAUUCAACAGACUGUCAAGGCUCAACUCGACGACGCCCCACAUCGUCUGCUUAAUACCUUUACUGGGCGCUUAUGCAAUCGAGAGGCACAGAUCGAUGCCUUCAAAGCGAGCCCAGAGUACAAGGAGCUUUUGUCAUCAACGUUGAUGCACGCAGAUCUCCGAAUGGAACACAUCAAAGAUGUCGUGGCAUCGUACUUCUGUUGUGUCACGCUAUCGCAUCGUUGGGAAGGAAAGGAACCACUGCUGCACGACGUUCAGGACAAGGUCGUUGAUGAGUUGAAUCCAGUUGGCAGCAUCAUGAAAUUGCAGUCUUUCUGCAAAACUGCUCGUGCUGCGGGGUAUCGCUGGGGGUGGAUUGAUUCAUGUUGCAUCGACCAGGCUAACAAUGUCGAACUCCAAACAUCCCUCAAUUCCAUGUUCGAAUGGUAUCGCACCUCAGCACUCACGAUGGUCUACCUAUCGGAUGUUCCGCCUUCGUCGAAGUCGGGCGCACUGGCAAGGAGCGCAUGGAACACGCGAGGGUGGACCUUACCAGAAUUCCUCGUCCCGGAAGUCAUCCGCUUCUACCAAAGUGACUGGACCCCGUAUCUCAACGACUGCUCUCCCAACCACAAACAGUCUGUCGCAAUCAUGCAGGAGUUGGAAGAUGCGACAGGGAUAGAUGCACAAAUCCUUGUCGCCUUCCGUCCUGGAAUGAUGAACGCCCGCGAGAAACUGCAAUGGGCGUCGACACGUGUCACCACAGUGGAGGAAGACAUCGCAUACUCCUUGUUUGGCAUCUUUGGUGUUCGGCUCAAUAUCAUGUACGGUGAAAAGAAGCAAAAUGCACUCGGGCGGCUCUUGGAGGAUAUCAUCGCUGUGUCUGGAGACAUUACUGCCCUGGACUGGUUUGGAACACCAUCCGAAUUCAACAGCUGUCUGCCUGCCGACAUCACUUCAUACGAAGCCUCACCGUACACGCCGCCAUUUAUGUCUGAAGAUGAGAUGCGGAUAUCGGUCUCGUCGCUGAAAGACACUGUGACUGUCGAGUCAGCUCUGAAAUUGUACAGCUCGCUCGACCGCCUGAGCGCUCCACGUUUUACUCACCGCCGGCUGCUUCUACCGUGCAUUGCAUUCCCUGUCACAGAAGUUAGACGGAGACCCAUUGAACACAAGGAGACCUACUUCACGUAUGAAGUCAAGGCAGACGGGCUUCAUGACCUGCAGAUCACCACGGAGGACAGGUUGCCUCAGUUCUCGCGAGGAAGACCCGCUCGACAGUCAUUCUUACUUGUCCGUCCCUGGGAUCGUUGUCUCCUCGAGCUGCCAGCGCCUGAUUUUGCAGACGAUACGGAGAGCAUGGGUGAUUUUGCUCUUCCUGGGUCGCCUAGAGAACAGGACCCAGUUGAUUCAGAAUCGAUCCAGCGUGCAAUGCGAUUGAUUGUUCGCCUUGGACAACCGUUCAGCGCAUUCCUACUAGCGCGGCAACGCGGCAAAGAAUACAAGAGAAUCGCAUCAGAUCAUGAUAUCAUUGCACAAGUCAAAGACGCGAAUCAUGUUGACAGUAUGAUGGACUCCAUUAGGAUACCAGAGAUAUUGUAGUCGUAGUACGUACUCAUUUGUUUUGAUAGAGAUAGAUCCUUCAGCAGUUUUCAUUCUCGAUAUUUCCUCCUGUACUACAUUUGUACUAUUUACGGACAAAGUUGAAAGGUCGGCCCUCCGCCUAGAUUCGUAACCAGGCUGGUCACGGGCCUACCCUCCGCCAUGGGUCGGUUCAGCCAUGUGGAUAGGCAGAGAUGUGCAAUACGUAUACUGAGCAAUGUAUUGGCCGCCGAUAGACAGAUGUUUCUGACUGGGAUCCAUUUCAUUCGUGAAUUAAUAAACUUAGGAC